CUGAUAAGGCUAUCAAAAUGGUGACCCUGCACUUGUGUCUCAUUUUGAUGAGCAUGUGGACAAAAGGUUCAGCAAUCAUUUGCUAUAACUGCAUUUUUGUGGACAACCCUCUCCAUUGUAAUAUCACUAAACAAUGUUUACUAAACGAGGUGUGUACAGUAACAGAAACAAUAGAUGACAGUUUUAGCUUUAAGUACCGACUAGGCUGUGUCAAUCCCAUGAAUUGUGAUGCAGUGGUCCAGAAUGGCAAACGAAGUCUUUCUCAGCAAUGUUGUGCAAGAGACAAUUGUAAUCGAGGCUUCCCAGGUUCACUAACAACCAAAGUCACAGCAGCAGCCACAUCACCAACAACAUCAACUGUGCCGACAUCAAGAGAAACUACUACAACUAAAUUAACAACCACCACAGCUUCACAACCCAUAGUAACAAGUCAUUUGACAAAAGCUCCCACUAGUCAUCAUCAUCACCAUCACAAACAUUCGACGACAGUAACAACAACAACGAUUACUCCCUCUUCAACUGACCACACAACACACCAACAUAACCAACACAACCAAAACAAUCACAACAACGAUGGAGCCUGUAAUCAGGAAAAUUUGGUCAAAUAUCACCACCAUUUAUACUAUUCCUCGGAGUUACACGGGCGUCAAAGAUUAACCAAACAGGAAGCUAGGGAAGCUUGUAAAAUGUGUCAUAUGGAACUCGUCAGUAUACAUUCAGGAGACGAACUGACAUUCGUCCACAGCCAUCUAGCCAAUAAAAACGAGAUUUGGAUUGGGCUGGAGCAUGGUGCGUGGACAGAUGGAAGUCGACAUAAUUUUUUCUAUUGGAGGCAUCCUGAGGAUGCUAACGAGCCCUGUAUUGUCAUGGAUACCAACAGUAGCUGGCAAGCUGAUAACUGCUACAGGACACAUCUGUAUGUUUGUAAAAGCAAAAGAUGAAGUGGUCAGUGUGGUUAGUGAAAAUGAGAUAUAUCGUUUAUGACUCGAAAUAAAGAAAGACAUAGCUGUUUUAUGUCUGUUGAACAAGAUUAUGAAUAACAGCGCUUAGAUAAAUACCUUUCUU